GAGGCAGUCAGUAUGGCUUAGAGCUUUAGCCUGUUCAGAUGGACGAAAAAAAAAUUGUGAUUAGAUUAUAAACGUCAAACGAAUCGGAGAAGUCCAGCUGGCGCACGGUUUAUUGUUGUAUUAUUUUGGUGUUUCAAUUGGAGACCUUAAAUUUUUGUCAUAAUCCAUUGUGAUCCUGAAAUGUUGCCACUGUAACAUGCAAAAUGUUUAAAAUUGAGUCAUAUGUGACACCAAUCUUGUUAAGCUAUGUUGACAAAUAUGUACGAGACUUCAAGCCGGCUGAUGCACAAGUAUCUUUGUGGGGUGGUGGUGUGGCCCUACACAACUUGGUGCUCAAAGCAGAUGUUUUGCAACAUGAAGUUGCCCUGCCAUUCACACUGGUAUCAGGACGGAUUCAUGAACUACUUAUACAAGUUCCCUGGACCAAGAUAAUGUCAGAGCCUAUUGUGGUGACAAUAGAUACUAUAGAAUGUGUUCUAAGUCUUCAUCCACCAGCAGCGUCAGAAGAAACUCUUCCUGCAGAGUCCCCUAGGUCGACGGUGGUGGAAGCCCCGCCGGGCUACAUGCAGGCGCUGGUGCGGCGCAUUGUGAGCAAUAUCUCUCUGCGCGUACACCACCUCAUCGUCAAGUACGUGCAGGACGACAUCGUGCUGUCGCUCAACGUGAAGCAUCUGUGCGUCGAGAGUGCCGGCGCUGACUGGGCACCUGCUUUUGCUGACAUUGAUCAGAGUCAGCCAGUGGUGAGGCGGUUAAUGCGGCUGGACGACUUGACGCUCUGUCUGGACCGGGCGGACUCCGAUGGCAAAAUACGGUUCUACCAAGAACCUUUGCUAUACCGCUGCCAGCUGGACUUCAGAAUUCUAACCCGGUUGGUCUCCGCCAACACCCGGCGAGCGUCCUGCCUCACCGUCCAGCUGCGGUCAUCCAAACUGGCGUGGGGAGUUACCAGCGAACAACUCACGCUACUGCUGCGGCUGCUGCGGGAGCGCCAGAACCAAGUCAACACCUCACCGCCGCCGCCCAAACUAAAUGCUACUAACUCAGCCGCACCACUGGGUAGUUCAACAUCGAACGCGGCGGAGCCGGUCCGGACCGAGAGCUGGUCGGAAUGGGCGUGGUCGUGGCUGCCCACGUGGAUGGACAAGGAGGGCGGCGUGGAAGAGGCCACGAUGCCUCCGAUGCCUAUCCCGGUCCAGUUCAGCGCCUACUUAGACCACGUGUCUUUAGUUUUUAAGGUGAUGGAGGCAGAGGGCAGCGCGCGCAAACGUGCCCGCGGCGUGAUGGAGCUUAGCGCGUGUCACGCGGCGGCGCGCGCGGCGCUGUGCGCGCCUACCACGCUGCGCGUGCGCGUGGGCAUGCGCCAGUUGCGCCUGCUGUCGCGCGGCAAGUGCAUCUGCGGACAUCAGGACCUCAACGCGAUUAAUGACGAACCCACAAUAUAUUUGGAGAAGAGAAGUUCAGAAGACGACAAAGAGCCUUGGAGUUGGCCUGAAAACUUAGAAACUUUGGAGUGUAAGGUUGAGACUGCGGAAGCGGCGGAGGAGGUUUACAUUGAAACAUCCGACCUAACAGCAUCGCCUGCUGAGCCGAAAUUGAGCAGUAUAGAAGAGGACGACGCGACCGACGAGCUGUGGCGGAUGCUGUCGCCCGUGGUCCUGCUACGGUACUCGCACACGCGCUCGCCGCCCGACGACACCAACCCGUACGAGAGCCCGCCCGUAGACUUCCAAUACAGCGACUGGCAAGAGGAGAACAAAUUGAAAAUAACUCUGAAGCCACUGGACAUUUAUCUUGGAAUGGGUCUUCUUCAUCGGAUAUCAGCCAUUCAACAAAUUUUUCAUGACCUUCCUUCAGUCCCAGUUCCAGAUGUACCCAUGAGAACACUUACAGUAGAAGAAUGUGAGGCGUUGGACGCCAAUAUACCACAACGUCGGACCUUCUUAGUGAUGCGGGGGUUGCGCCUACGAGUCCUUCCCUGGGAUCAUUCUCUGUCGGAAAAACCGACCUCGCCAUCGCUUGUACUAGAUGUUGAGUCGCCAGAAGUGAAACUGAUCGUUUCGGGACCACUUUAUCCACAUAGAGUGUGUUCCGCGGCCUGCCAAAUGCCCAAAGAAGAGGGUCCGCUCUGGCAAGGCGCGCGCCUCCACGUAAGCGCCACGCUCGCCGCCGUCGAGGCGCGCCUGUGCCGGCUCUCCGACGGCCAGGCGCGGCCCGUGGCGCGCGUCGACCUGCGCUUCGUGCUGCACCUGCUGCUGCAUCCCGAGAUGUUCACUAAGAAGGAGACCGUCCACACUAGCUACAAUAUCAAAAUAUGUGAAAUGAACACGUGCGGAUCCGCGGCGCGGCUGCAAGCGGCCUGGCACGUGCUGCAGUCGCUCAUCGAACAGCGGCCUUCUCAGGUGCUGCGACACACUUGGCUAGUCAGAGACGCACUAAGCGACGAAGAGUCGGUGGCGAUCGACGCGACGAUGGAAGACGUGUCGGUGCGCGGAUUCAUCACGAGGACAGUAAACACGCACAUCACCAUGGUGCAGUCCGCGCGCGUCAUGGCAUUGUACUCGCCCAAUGAAGGAAAUGUUAAACAGGCAUGGAUAUUCUCCGCUCCUGACUCGCAGACUACUACAGCAUUCGUCCGCGUGGCACUGCAGUGGUGCGUCGAGCAGGCGAACGACACGGUAGACUACCUGGGCGUGUGGACGGAGCCGGUGGCCUUCUGCGUCGACCCGCUCUUCAUAGCCUGGCUCGCCUACAAACCACUUAACAAAGCACCCUCAACAACAUUAGAAACAGCGCCGUUGUCAAGAGCCUCAUCAUCGUCACAAUCUUAUUUACGACGCCGCGUCACGCCGCCUUCGUCGAGCGGGCGCGGUGCCAGUCGCACUGGCUCGGGGUCUGAGUUGGUGCACGCGGCCCGGCUGCGCAGCCUCGGCUCCAGCAGCGAGCAUGGCGAGACGCGCCGGCCCGCGCCGCCGCCUCCGGCUAAAACCCCGGAGACGCUCCUGCACCCCGACCGCCUACUGAAGCUACACGCGUGCCUGCAGCAGUUGCUGGUCAGCGUGGAGGUGGGCACGGCGAUGGUGUACUUCACCACGGGCACGGCGUCGGCCGAGGGCUGCGCCGCCAUGAGAGACGCCGUCGAGCGCCUCGCCGCCGGCGUGCCCAAGCAGCAGGUGCUCGUGUUCAGUAUGGGGCGCUUAACAGUCAGCUCAAGCUCUAUGAUGAAACAUCUCUGGGAUGACGUCCGCCAUGACGGUCCUACGUUUAUAACAAAGCCAACUACUGAGGAGCCUAUGGAAUCGUUUCCCUGGAAGCUGCGUCUAGCCGACGUGACCUGUUACACCCUGGAGAUCCGUCAGUACACGGACGCUGGGCGGGUGCAGGGCGGCGUGCUGCGCUCUACGCUCAAGUCCUCGCCCAUCUCCACGCGCCUGGUGCUGGAGGCCGUCACCACCACCGUCACCCUCUCCAUCGUUAGCAAGUACAUGCAGAUACGCUCGUGGAAGGUAUCGCCGGAACAACAGAAAGCCAGCGAGCGGUCGGAGCCACCCCCAGAGGAAUUGAGGGUGCAAUAUUUUAAAUCUGGAAUUGAUUUCAAACCAUCAACGUUAAAGGAGUUCGUUCGGGGUCCAGCCAGACUCCAAAGAAGUCAAAGUCCGCAAGAGGGCAAGCAGAGUAACCUUCGAGACCGCGAUCCCAAGGAGAAGACCACGCAAGGGCCUGUGGUGAGCAUGGGUAUGCACCUGCACGCGGACACGCCGCCUGUCACCGUCCGGCUGGAGCACGACCAGGUGAACAUCGUCGCAGCGGCGGUGCAUUGUUUGACCCACCUGCACAUGGUAAUGAGCAGGACCCCGGUCGCCGUAUCUCGGUCAUACACGUCAUUGCCUGGCACUCAUGAUCAAAGAUCUUUAAUAAGAUCAGUGUCCGAAUUAAACGAGCAGGACACCCCGUCUGAUGAGAAUCUGAGUGAAAGUUAUUCUGAACUCAUCCCCAUAUUUGAAUCUCGAGCAGUUCCCGAAGUGAAGCUGAAGACCUUCUUUUGGUUCCAAUGGGUCGUGGGAAGAGCGACGCUGGUCGUGGCCACGCACCAAUCGAAGCUGGCCAUGGAAAUUGACGACAUCAUAUCUACAGUAGACAUUCAGGAACAUUACAAUCAGCUCAAAGUGAAAGUCGCUUCUGCAUCAGUUCGUCAUUACAAAAGGAGCCACGAAGACUGGGAGGCCGGUGUGCUGGGCGGGCGGGUGCUGGAGGCUCGCGAGCCCAUCGACUCCAAGGAGGAGGAUCAUUUUCUCGCUAUCACUAUUACGCAGGCGCAAAUAUCCAACUUGCCCGCUAGUUGGAAAGAAGAGCUACAUCCAAAACUAUUACAACAAAAAGGGGCCGGAGACAGCAUGUGGGAAAUAUACGCUACUCUCGCGCCUUUAGAAGCGGUGCUGCAGCCUUCUCUUAUUGAGAACAUUAUGUCCCUAGUCCGUGAGAUGGCGCCUCCGUCUUUUUGCCCUCUGCAAUCCGAAGACGAACCAAGUAACGGCAGCACUUGGCAGUGGCCGUUCUGUUACGUCACUGCAGGCGGACUGCGCUUGCUGGUCAAUACCGAUCUUCACGACCCCGAAAAUGACGACACGUUUCUCUUAUUGGUCGGCAAAGUAUCUAUCAAUCCGCACCCUGAAAAUCCUAUUUGUCGACAAUCGGUUACCACCGGAUUGGAUGGCUCUUGGAAUUCUACCGGAGGCAGCCCGGAAGGCCGGCAGUAUGAGGUCAACGUCAAACACGUCGCCAUACAGUCCGCGCAGCUCCAACAGAUUAUCAAACAAGAAGAGAGAAGAGAAAUCUACAAUAAGGGCACCGGUAGCGAGAACCCGGCUGUGAAGUGGUCUCAACCGCCUGUUCCGCCUGUCGUGACAGCUAUUCUUCAUCAUGUGGACAUAAGCUGCAUUAUUGCGCCGCCGCUGUUCGUGAACGGCGCGCUCACGUGCGGGCCGGCACUGGAGCUCAACCUGGCUUCCGACUGCGCCUUCGAAAUUAGCCUGGAACAGCUGAAGCUCGUGCAACACUUGCUCUCUGAGGCCAGCUCUUCGACGAGCUCUAGUGAGGAUUCUAUUCCAUCAAUGGUCGCCACAGUCGUCGUGUGUCCGUAUGCGGCCUUAUUUUUGAACCCGAAGCAAACGCCUGAGAGUAGGUUACAAGAUAGUAACGCGGAAUCCAUUAAAGGAGUUGCUGAAGUGCAAUUGUUCGACGAAUCAAGCAACACGGGUAAAUCCGAUCGAGGAUUUACAACCGAUUCUGGUAUAGACGUGGCCACAUCAAUGUCAAGAAUAAGGCUAGACAGGCCCGCUUCCAAGAAAAACCUCAACGUCGCCUUUGCCGAGGAAAUAAUUGAUGCGUCUGAAUAUCUGGAGGUAUUUGUGACAAUGGGCGUGAUCGAAAUAUCGCUUUAUAUGGAAGAUGACAAUAGCCCCGCAGCAGUUGCUUUGAGGCCGCCUUCCAAACCUGAGCAAAACACUGAAGAGGACACGCCCGGUUCUGAAAAAGACGCAGACCAAGUCGAGGGAACUUCAGCAUCUGAACUAAAGUCGACCGCUAGCCAAAUGAGUAUUACCGAAGGGGUUAGGCUUAUGGACACGAAACUUGACAUGCACGCUCAGCAAGCGUUGAAACUGCCCCGUGCUAGGCUGACUUCAGGCAAGUUGGCGCUGCUGCACAUUACUUUACAUCAGCCCAAUCUGUACUACUGGAGAAAAAAAACACGGAAAAAUCUUCAGGUGUCACUGUUUAAUGCGUGGAUUGGACUGGGAGCGGGCGAGAAGGAUGGUAGUCAGCCGCUAUUUUCCACGUCGAAGGGAACGCCGGACCCGGUGACCGACAUACCGCCGGCGCUCGCCACUGUCAAGAUUGUUAUACCGACUGGUGGCAGCGGGCCAAGCAACUACAGCGGCGUCAAAGGCUCCGUGACCGUGGACGUGGAGCGACCGGUGCUGCUGGGGCUCUCCGCGGAUACUCUGCGCCGGCUAACUCUCAUCAAUCAACUGGUCCAAGAAAAUUUGCAGAAUAAUUAUGAGAAAGGAAGCAUUACCUUCAGUGACAGCGAUCUUCAAGCACCUCCGUUCCUUAAAUUGCGUAAAAUCAUGGUUAGCAACACCUUGGAGAAUAUCGUAAUUCAAAUGAACCAGCUCGGUGUGACGGGCAGCGAAGGUACAAUAGGGUGGGACAGCGCGUCCCUUCAGAUAGGUGCCGCGGCGCGGCCGGAGCGGCUGGUCGCGCGCGCGCUUGUAUCUGCUCUGCUGGUGGCCACCGGCCCGCUCAGCGACCAGCGCCAUAUCCUCCUGCAGCCGAUGAUGCUAGGUAUGGACUUGGAGUGCAGCUGGGAAGCGUGGCGAAGGGCCGAGGAUGGCGUGUCGGCGCGCGAACCCUCAGUGCGCAUGACCGUAGACCUGGACCGCGUCACGCUGGACGUGCGGCCGGAGGACCUCGCCGCCCUCCGCAGGAUACAACUAGCAAUAGACACGUUGGCUGAUAAACAGAUGUGUGUCAAGAAGGAAGAAAAGGAGCUCCUUGCGCCGCAGAAAGAAAACAGCGAUAAUUUGCGGUCUUUCAGUAAGCGGAGCAUGUGCGAGCGAGUGUUACCCAGUUUGGAGUCAGUCGAGGCCUCUGACCAGUAUUACAAGGACGAUCUCAAAAGUGGAGCUUUUAAAAUAGUGACCGGGGGCCAGUUCCCGAUGGCUUACCAGGUGACAGUGCACGGCGACGCCAUGUCCUGGCGCUACCCGCACCCGCGGACCAUCACUAGAAUCACGGUGUUUCCCAUACCUGGCAUUGACGAAGAAGUGAAAUGCAAGUUGGAAUUCUACGAUCCGUUAUUGAAAAAAUGGGAGCCGCAUACAUAUGUUACUCUGCCUGUAUCGGAACCUAACGAAAUAAAAUUAUAUGCAGAACCACCAGAUGCGGUUUUUGCAACCUUGUGGAGAUUUCGUGCGGAUUCUGACACUAAGCCUGAAGAACGUACCUUCGAGUUCGACAUCUCCAAAUUUAUGCCCAGAGCCGACCCACUGGCGACGGACCGCGUCGAGCCGCCGGCGGAAGCGCCCGCGGGCCUCGUGAGCGCCGAGCAGCUGUCCAGCGCGCUGCGCGUGGACUCAUACUUCUCGCCGCGAUCUGUGCCGCGCGUGCGCGCCGCGCUGCGCUGCACAGAGUUCGAGCUCUAUGCGCAUAACUCACUCCCCUCUCUGUCCAGAAAUGCGAGUACGCUGGAGGGCUAUUACGUGUCGCGGCCGCUAAUGCGCAGCCACCGUGUGCUGUGCGUGAGCGCGGUAGACACCGUCGCGCAUGCGCUGCUCGGCUCGCGCGCCGGCCGCGUACUGUUGCUUAACACCAAGCUAUCAUGCGACGUCCUGGACUGCUCGACGGGCACGCUCGAGCAGAUGGUGGGGUUGACGCGCGUGCAAGCGAGUGCUUCCGUACCGAGUGAUGUCGCAGUAUCGCAGGCGCGAGUGCGCGCGUGCUCCGAGUGUGUGCGCGUGGCGCUGCACGUGCCGCGCCUUAGCACGCUGCGGGCGCUUGCCGAAGACUGGGGGCCAGCUUUACAGCAGUGCAAUGGAGACGUAUCCACGGAGAAUGAAGAGAAAGAUAUGGACAGUUGUAAUGAUUCCGAAGCGGACUUGGCUGCAAUGACGGAGCUGGAGGGGCGCGUGUCGCUAUGGCUCUACAACAGCUGCUCCAGCGCGCUGCGCGUGGGCCAGGAGGGCUGCGAGGAGAUCGCGCCGCUGAGGCCCGGCGCGAGGCUCGCCUACCGAUGGCCAUCUCCAAAUGCACCGUUCAAAAUUCGAUUUGCCCUAGCGGGGCCUUCUACAGACUGGCAAUGGUCCUCUAGUAUACCGUUCUCUUCGGGUGAGAGUCGCGUGCGGCUGCCGGACGUAGACGCGGCAGCAGGCGGCGUGUACGUGCACGUGCGCGGCGAUGUGGCGGGCGCGCGCCGCACGCUGCACCUCUCCGGCCGCCUUGUGCUCGCCAACGUGCUGCGCCGGCCGCUGCAUUACAAGGUGCGAGCGAAAAAUGCAAGUUCGAAAGCUUGGUAUUCAGUGUGUUCGGGAGAGUUGAACGGCGAGACCGUGGGGCGGAGCGUCCUGUGCGGUGUUGACUGCGAAAUGGUGCUUAAAAUAAAGUUUACAACCCAGGACACCGGUUGGUCAGGCGACAUACCGCUUAAGGAAUGUCCUAAAGAAAACGUGCCGUGGCUAGUUAAAGUGCCGAGCGAGGGCGAGACGGCGUACGUGUCGGUGUGGUGCCGCGUGGUGCGCGCGCGCUCCGACGGCCGCGUGCUUGCUGCCAUCUGGCCGCUCUACGUGCUGUGCUCGCACCUGCCGCUCGACACCGACGUGUUAGUGUCAACGCAGAAGGAGACUUCGGAGGCCGCGGCGCGACCGUCUCCGCUGGUACAGACGGCGCUGGGCCGUGGCGCCUGCACGCACUUGCUGGCGCCCGGCACCACCGCGGCGCGCCACCAGCUGUCCUUCCAGUACAAGGACGUGGAACAUCCCGUCACCCGCGAGGCGAUUCCUCUGCACUACGGUGUGACCGACACCUCCGUGUUCGACAAACGGGCGCCGGCGAACAAUAUCAAUGAAAUCGUUGAAGAAAUUCGUGAAUGGUUUGACCGGUCGGCGCGACGGGCGACUUCCGACUGGCCUUAUUCUAUAGUGGCGUCCCACUGGUCGGGGACGUGGAGUCCGGCGUCAUUGCAACCACGCUGUGAUGUCACGGUGCGGUACGACGCAGUUCGCGCGGGCGGCGGCUGCUCGCUGCAGAUCUCGCUGCGGCCCGUGGCGCUGCUUUGCAACGCGGCGCGCGUACCGCUCACGCUGCGCGCACACGACGCUGCGCCGUUGUGCCGGCUAGAACCCGGCGCCGCGGUUUCCGCACCGAGUGCACUUCUGCAGAAACCAUUCUUCAUGUCGGUGGAGAUAGGACGGGAGACGUUCGUGAGCGGCCAGCUGCAGGUGUGGGGCGAGGAGCCGGGCCGCUACGGCUCGCCGCCGCGCGGCUGCGUCGCACUCGACCACCCUGCGCCGUUCCUCAUACACUGCAAGCAGAAGGUGGCGUUCCUGACGUUGCACUAUGAAAUAAAAGAAGAGAUUAACGUUUUGGGAGUGACCUCGAGUUUCCUUCUUAUAAACAGACUGGAAACGAAUCUAUUGGUUUCAGGUAUAGCCGUUCCUGUUGCCAACUCGGAUGAUGUGAAUUUGCAGCCCAAAAAUUACAAAGUUGUCAGUCCGACCAAAGGAGAACGUCUGAACGGAGAAGCGAUGAGUCGUUUCUGGGUGCUGGAGCGGUGGCGUGGCGGCGACCCGAGCGAGUUGCGCACAUACGUGUGCCUGGCGCUGCCGGCGCAGGAAGCGGACGCCGCGGAGCCCGCGCACGCGCACGUGCCCGUGCUUCUGGCCUCCGCGCCCGUGCGCCGCGCCGUCGCGCUGCGAGAUCAUACGGGCACAUCGAUACCGGUGGUGAUAGUGCAGCAGAAACAUGAAGGGCGGUGGGUGGUGACGGUGGCGCCGGACCCGUGCCCGCAGUUCGUGGUGCACAACCGCUCGAGCCACGCGCUCGCCAUAGCGCAGCCUGCCCUGUCCGGCCCUGCGAAGACGAUAGCUGAAUGCCCGGGCACGCGGUGGCUCUGCUCGGUGGAGGCGGGAGGCGUGGUGCACUACUCGACGCCGGCGCACAGCGCUCGGUUUCCGCCGCCGCCUAACGCCGCUCCGAACACGGACCUCAUUCCUUUCCUCACUAUCAGUAAAAUCAACGAGCAACGAGAUCCGGAAUGGAGUGAGGGAGUGGCGGCAGCAGGCGGCGAGCAAUUAGUGCAGUUGCCCGACGGCGGCACCGUCAAGCUGCGCGUGCGUCCCUAUCCGCACUCCUCGCUGCUCGAGUUGAAGGACGUCGACGAGAACGACAUAUCAGCGAGCGUGAUAAGACGUCGGCUGGAAGGAUCCUUCUGUGCUGAUACAGAUACAGGAGAAGAGGUCAUUAAAAAGAGAUCUGAAGGCCCUCGUCAAUUGACGGCUCCCACCCAAGCUAAACUUGCUAGAGUCACUGUUGUAACCACGGCCAUCUCGACCGCGCCUGACAACGCCCCUGGAGAGCACACGAACUCACCUAGUGAAAAUGAAAAUGCAGAAUCUGGCUUUCAAACAAAAGAGUUUCUGAAGUUGCAGAAAUAUGACGAGUCAACUAGUAAAUUAGAGAAAAUAGAUGAAACAACAAAUUUGCUAUAUGUUGAAAACGAGGAUUCAGGAGACAUGCUGAAAACGGUAUCUACUUACCUCAGUGACAACAGUAUGUUGACACUUGCUAACGUAAGAUCUUACCAAGAAUCCGCCGACGCUCUGCGAGACUUCUCCGAGUCAGAAUGGGGUGACAAGGGAUGGUCGCCGGUGGAGCGAGUUCGCUGCGUGAUAGCCGGCAUAGCUAUCGAAAUGGCCGCCACGCCCGACGUUAGUCCGCUGCUCGCUCUGCAUAUCGACCGAGCCGCUUUCUCGGUGCAAUGUGACAGUACGGGGACUAAAGCAGUGAUUUCAAUCGCUGACAUCCAAGUAGACAACCUGCAAUACGAGAGCGGGAAUUACGACUUUGCAGUGGUGGCGUCGACACGCGGCGAAUCGCUGACGAGCGACGCGUGGCCCCCGCUGUGGCCCAGCGCGGCCGGCGACGCGUUUGCCAUGCGAGAGAACGAAGCGCGCCUGCUGCUUCGCCUGCGCUAUGACUCAUGGACUGUCAUCGACGAGGUUUAUAGAGAAUUGACGGAGGUGGAGCUACGACUAGGGCCGCUGGCGCUGUACGUGGAGGACGGGUACGUGGGCGCGCUGGCGCGUCUGGCGCGCGCCGCGCGGCCGGCGGGGCCCGCGUCCGCGCCCGUGCCCGGGGCCAUCAUCGCGGCCGAGACGCGGUCGAUUCAGUGCCCGCUACGGUUACGCUCGCUGCACCUGCACCCGGUGGAUCUUACGCUCACGCUGCAUACUGCCGUACGUAUGUACAUCGCGCUGGACCAGAGUCCGUUAUGCCUGAGCGCGUUCCAGCAGACGGACAUGGUGACGUGCGCCGAGCGGCUGACGCACGCGCUCACCGUGCACUACCUCUCCGCCGCCAUACUAGGCGCAGGUUGGGUCGUAGGCGGUCUGGAGCUAUUGGGUGCGCCGGGCGCGUUGGCUGCGCGCGUUGGUGGCGCGCGUGGCGGCGUGCGUGGCGUGGCGGCGGCGGCGGCGGCCGCGCUGCUGCGCUCGCUCAGCGCCUGCGCCGGCUCGCUGGCGCGCAACCUCGACCUGCUGGCCGGCGACGACGACCAUGCGCGCCGCGCCGCCGCCGCGCGCCGACGCCACCCCGACACCUUCGUCCAGGGGCUCGCCGCCGGUAUCACCAACUUCGCUAUCAACAUACUCGGCGCAGUGGGCGGGCUGGCGCACCACCCGCUGGUGAGCGUGGCGGUGGGCGAGGUGGAAGGUGGUGCGGCGGCGCUACGGCGCGGGCUGCUGGGCGCGCUCACCAAGCCGCUGUCCGCCACUGCCGACCUGGUCGCCUUCGCUGGCCACGGCCUGCUGCGCCAGACCGGCUGGGACCCCGUGCCGCAGCGGCGCUCCUUGUGCGCGGGGUUGGAGAGCGGCGGCUGUGGCUGGCGACGCGACUGCGUGCGCUGGUCGUUCCGGCUGGCCGAGGUGGACGCGCUGGCCGGCUUCGACGUACUGCUAGACGACGCGCCGCUGCGUCUGCUGCUCACGCACAAGUACCUCAUGAUUACUGACCCAGAAACAGAGCGAAUUGUUGAAAUGGUCGAUCUUCGAUUAUGCACGCUAAGGCCGCACCAAGGACCUACCGUUGAGUUAGUGGUGACGAGACGACAAAAGGAGAAGGUAGCAGAAUCUAGAGCUGUGGAUGAAGACGAUGAAUAUCAGGUAAACAGCGCGGCCAUGGCGCGCGUGGCGCGGUACACGGGCGCGGACGGGGGCGUGGCGCCGGCGCCGAGCGCGGCGCGCGUUCUGGCGCUGCAGGCGCCCGCCCGUCACGCGCCCGCGCUCCGAGCCGCGCUCGCCGCCGCGCUGCACGCCGUCUCCGAUGACCAUCUGCAUCUGUUCUAGCCCGCCCAGCGGAUCCCAGCUACGUGACACCUUCCUACAUACUUAGAUAGAAUUCACUGUGUAAAACCUACAAGUGUAAAGGUGAACUUAACCCUUUUCUAGGCAUAGUACGAUUUAUCGACCACAUACGCGCUAUUAGAAUUUCAACUUUAACACUCCGAUUUAAGGUUCAAAUUAGAUUACACUUUCAGGAAAUGUUACUUGUCUUCAAAUGAAUCUAAAAGCUGGAUUAAUUGGAAUAUAUUUGGAUUUUUUGGGAAAACCUUGUAGUUUGGUGCGGCCUGGAAAAGGGUUAAAUGGAGUAGUUAAUGAACCAAGUUAAAGUUGUGUAUUUGUGCGUUGCUUCUUCGUAUCUUAUCGGGCACGAACAUUAUCCUUCGUAUAGUUCGAAUAGUAAUUUGAAAUAAAUCUUACGAAUGUUUUUUUUUAUACUACGAAAUAUUACAAUUAUUUCCCAAAUGUAUUUUAAUACUUAAUGUAAUGUAACAUUCCUUGAAGUAUUUAAAGUCGUAGAUCCUGUGUAUAUGUACAUAGUGUUGGCCGAGUACCAGGUAAAAUUGCGUCAAUUCACGUCAUCCAUGAUGACAUUGAACAAUUUGCAUUUAAUAAUUUUGCAUCACAUUCCCAAAUACGUCACAUUUUAAAAGUAAAUCGGCAACAAUGCAACCGUAUGCUUACCGCGAAUUGUUGUAAGAUUUUCUUUAACACGAAUGACGUAGGUAUAGUUAAUGGGGUUGGCCGGUCGAAGUAUUAAACAGAUGGCGCCAUCAUAGCUUGCCCUGUCAAUCCCUAGAAUUGUGUCAAAUUCUUGUUUUUUUUUUGGAAUUUUGUGACCUGGAUUCCAGUACUUUAAGCCAAAUCUCAUAGAACAAAACUAGAGACAGGGGCAAGCUAUGAUGGCGCCAUCUAUGCAAACCUUUGACAGUUGCCAACCCCAUUUAAAUGUGAUUCAUAUAAAUUGCCAUUCUUUUAAACAAAUAUAGUUCACAAAACGUUAUCAUUGAGAGUAGGAACCGAUUAUAUGCAAUAGUUGUAGUUUACAGACAUUAUUUAUCACCUAAAUUAAAAAGAAUUCUAUCAUGACCAUUUUCCAGUGGUUCUCAAACUUUUCUCGACAAGUAUUACUUUGCGUAAGAAUUUAUUGUUUGCUGACAUACAUAUAUGUAUACGAUACGACUCUCUUGCAAACCAGCUCUGAGGUUCUUGGAAAGUACUUUGAAGUACAUUGUGAAUCUGUGGGCCUCGAACGCUCGUGUGGGAACUACUGUCCUAUAAAUUGUAUUUACAGAUGUCAAUCACAUUGAAAAAAUCAACGAUGAUCGGUCGGUCGGUGGUUUGGUUGGACCGGUAAUUGACAUCUGUGUAUACAAUUUAUAGAUUGUAAUGUAGUACGUUUCAUAAUAAAAAAGUAAAAUAAAUUUACAUUUAAACUACUAUCGUAGCGAACAUUUUAAUGAAUUACAUUUUAUACAUUGACAUUUAAACUCCUCUGAAUAGUUGAUGUUUCUUACAACUUUUGUUUACAUCUAGACGUGACCUUCUGUCAUACAGCUUUAAAAAGUGUAACAAGUGUAUAACAGUAUUCUUAAAUUAAUAUCUUGUACAUAUUUCGUUUGUUCGAAUCGAUUGAAUGUUAUGAGCGUUUUACUAUUCUAAACAUUUAGAUUAAUUAACUUCAUUAUAUGUUACGACUGCUAUUCUCGGUAUAUUAUUUCAAUAACAGGGUAUUGUCUUUAGUUGUCUUUAGUCUCUUAUCGAAGCACUAAAAUAAGUCAGCAACGCUGUAUGUAUAAUUGUAUAUUAUAUUCAAGGUCAAAAAUAUUGAUUCGGACAAUGGAAAAGAAUGUAAAUAUGAUUUCAUCGUCAAGUGCGUAAGGGAACGUAGAUAAUGUACCUAGGGUAGCGUGUAUAUAUUUAUGACCUUGACUGUAUAUCUUGUAAUAUUGCGGGGCUUGUAACUUGCAUUUGUUGUUUGCAUAAAAAUGUUCUGUCCUACUAACAAUAAUAUUGAAUGUUAUUUCAAUAAUAUUAUUAUGUUAAUUCCACGUAUAAUUGUAAAACUGUAAUUUUACUUAUUUGUUUACAGGUGUAUUUUCUAAUGCCCAGAUUGUUUUUGUUAUUUUAAUUUAUACCUAAUUCAAUUUGGAUGAAAAUCUCGCAAUUUUUUUAUAAACAUAAGGUUGUACAGCUAGAUUACCAACCGAUAGAUAUUUAUGUAAAUUUUGUACGUAUUUACGAAGUCAAGGUGGAACGCUAACGAGCUACUUGGUAGAUUGCGUGGAAACAUGGUAUUAAAUUCUGAGAAGAUUUAGUCUUUGCUGAAGGAUUAAUUGUCACAAAGGAAUUUGCUAAUUUACAAUAUUUAUUAGUGAAACGCCAUUGUAUAGGAUGUACUACGUUACUAUCGGUAUAGGUGCCAAAUGAGUUUACUGUUAAGGACCUAAUAUUAGGUACUUAACGAAAGAUGCAAAAAUACCUAAUAUUCAAAAAUAACCAAGUAGUUGGACUAACAGUCACAACACGCCCUAAACUUUGGUAACUAAACUGAAACUACAUAUUUCAUAACAGUCUAAAGUGCUAGUUCUCAGCACCUUGGCUUUAACAUUUUUGAGGCCUUUUGCACACGGUAUAGAGAGAGAGAAAGCGAUAUCUUACUAUUAUUACCUAGUUACUGUAUAUUAUAUUAGAGAGAAGGCAUCUACUAUAAUCUAAAAAUAAAAACAGACUGACGGCAUUUGUAAAUAUAUAUUUACUAUAGUAGGUACUACUACUGUGUUAGGAGUGAAUAUCCAAUUAAAUUCAUUGUGAUAAUUUAGGUACAGUCGAGUAAAGCGGCAAUACCUAAUAAGAAAAAUACCCUGUAGUGUUUCGCGUCAUUGUAUCAAUACAUUUAAUUAUUAGCACCUUAUAAUCAAAUGGUUACAAGUUGCUUAUUACAUCUCUCUCAGUAAUAGGUAUAUAAUCAGACCGUGCAGACUUAAAAAUUUGUAAUUUUCAAUGCUAUCAUUUUUAACUUGUUUAAAUUAUAACGAAGUAAAGAAUAAAAACGAUGAAUUUUAA